CUAAGUGCUGACCAGGUUUCUCCAGCUGCAGACAGCCAGGCUGCAGGCAGUUUUACUGAGAGAGCUAAUAAAAGAGAAGCAGGACAAUAGCAGACAAAAGCUUUCCCGUGCAGGAAGGAGACAGACCGCUUUUUAUUGUCGGGACUGUGUGGAGAUUUCUUUCGGGAAGAAAAUCUGCAGUUCUGCCUCUGUCUGUGCAUGUUCCACCCGGAGAGGUGGACUUAAAACCCCGAGCAGAGGGUCGCACCGACUGUCAGCGCACCGAGAGCCGCUGGGCAACAACCCGCCGCUGCAAUGAGCCUCACGCGGAGCUGCGCGCUCUUCAGCGCCGCCUUCAGGCUGCAGCUGCUGCUGCUCUCUGCCCGCAUCCAGGUUUCUUCAGCUUCAGGAUUCUUUGAGCUUCAGAUUCUGUCCAUGCAGAACGUUAACGGGCAGCUGCAAAGCGGCGGCUGCUGUGAUGGAUCUGGUGACAUGGUGGAUGGUCGAUGCUUUGUGGACCAAUGCGACACCUACUUUCGGGUCUGUCUGAAGGAGUACCAGCUGAAGGUCUCCCCAGCUGGACCCUGCAGCUUCGGCACCGCCUCUACACCUGUGCUCGGUGGGAAUACAUUUUCCUUUAGAAAUUCCAAGAACAACAAAGCCAGGGUCGUGUUGCCGUUCAGCUUUGCGUGGCCGAGGUCGUACUCAUUGAUUUUGGAAGCCUUGGACUUGAACAACGACUCUUCCACCAGCAGUGUUGGUGGGGCGGUGAUCGAGAGAGCCUUCCACUCUGGGAUGAUCAACCCCAGCCGGCAGUGGCAGAAUCUGGAGCAUAACGGCCCUGUGGCCCAGUUCCACUUCCAGGUUCGACUCAGCUGUGACGAGCACUACUACGGCUUCGGCUGCAACAAGUUCUGCCGGCCGCGACACGACUUCUUUGGCCACUACGAGUGUGACCAUAACGGCAACAAGACAUGCAUGGAGGGCUGGUCCGGACCAGACUGCAACACCGCGAUCUGCAGACAGGGCUGCAGUACAGAACACGGAUCCUGUAAAAUCCCAGGAGAUUGCAAGUGUCUGUAUGGCUGGCAGGGGGAGUACUGUGACCAGUGUAUCCCUCAUCCUGGCUGUGUCCACGGCAGCUGUGUGGAGCCCUGGCAAUGUCUCUGUGAUACCAACUAUGGAGGACAGCUGUGUGACAAAGACCUCAACACAUGUGGGACACAGCAGCCAUGUCUGAACGGAGGGACCUGCAGCAACACGGGGCCGGACAAAUACCACUGCUCCUGCCCUGAAGGCUUCUCCGGGGUCAACUGUCAGAUAGCGGACCACGCCUGUCUGUCCAGCCCCUGCUUGAACGGAGGAAGCUGUUCAGAAAGCAGUCUGGGUUUUGAGUGUCACUGUUCACCCGGCUGGACCGGACCGUACUGCUCCAUCAAUGAAGACGAGUGCCUGGUGAACCCCUGCAGUCAUGGAGGAACCUGCCAGGAUCUGGUCAACGGGUUUAAAUGUACCUGCCCUCCUCAGUGGACUGGAAAGACCUGCCUCAUCGAUGCUAAUGAGUGUGAUAGCACCCCCUGUGUCCAUGCCAACUCUUGUCGAAAUCUGAUUGGUGGAUACUUCUGUGAGUGCCUCACCGGUUGGACAGGCCAGAACUGUGACAUCGACGUCAACGACUGUCGCGGCCAGUGUCAGAACGGAGCUGCAUGCAAGGACCUGCUAAAUGGUUAUAAGUGUGUGUGCUCCCCGGGGUUCGGGGGGGAUCAUUGUGAGAAAGACCUGGACGAAUGCGCCAGCGGGCCAUGUCUAAACGGUGGACGUUGCCAUGACGAAGUAAAUGGUUUCCACUGCCUGUGUCCUCCUGGUUUCUCUGGAAGGAAUUGUCAGCUGGAUCUGGAUUACUGCCUCAGCGGUCCGUGUCAGAAUGGGGGUCAGUGUUACAACCUGGCGGCAGACUAUGUGUGUAAAUGUCCUGAAGACUACGAGGGCAAGAACUGCUCGCAUCUGAAGGACCACUGCCGCACCACACCUUGCAAAGUGAUUGACAGCUGCACAGUUGCCAUGGCAUCCAACAGCACAGCAGCCGGGGUGCGUUUGAUCAUGUCCAAUGUGUGUGGCGCCCACGGUCACUGUCGGAGUCACACUGGAGGACAGUUCAGCUGCGAGUGUGAGGAGGGCUUCACCGGAGUGUACUGCCAUGAGAAUAUAAACGACUGUGAGAGCGCCCCUUGUCUGAACGGAGGAACCUGCAUCGAUAACAUCAGUCGGUAUCAGUGUAUCUGUGCAGUUGGCUGGGAGGGACCCAGCUGUGAAAAGAACACCGACGACUGCAGCUCCUUCCCCUGCCAAAAUCAUGGCGUCUGCAAUGACCUCAUUGGCGACUUCUUCUGUGGAUGUAGCGACGGCUGGAAAGGAAAAACCUGCAGCUCAAGGGAGAGUCAGUGUGAUGACAGGACAUGUAAAAAUGGAGGAACCUGCUCUGAUGAAGGAGAUACCUUCAGGUGUCUGUGCACAGCAGGUUGGGAGGGGUCUACCUGCAGUGUUGCAAAGAACAGCAGCUGUCUCCCGAAUCCGUGUGAGAAUGGAGGAACCUGUGUGGUGGAUGGAAAGUCUUUCAGCUGCAUCUGUAAGGAGGGCUGGGAAGGCACCACCUGCAGCCACAAUACAGACAACUGCAGUCCUGAUCCCUGUUACAACAGUGGCACCUGCAUAGAUGGAGACAACUGGUAUCGUUGUGAAUGUGCUCCUGGAUUUGCUGGACCGGACUGCAGAAUCAACAUCAAUGAGUGCCAGUCUUCACCCUGCGCCUUUGGCUCUACCUGCAUUGAUGAAAUCAACGGUUAUCGCUGCAUCUGUCCUCCAGGAAGAACCAGCCCGCACUGCCAAGAGGUGGCAGGAAGGCCGUGUGUCCACGGAGGGGUGGUGGCUCAGGAUGGAAGCAGGUGGGACGAUGACUGCAACAGCUGCCGAUGUCACAGUGGGAGAGUCACCUGCACCAAGCUGUGGUGUGGACCUAGACCUUGUAGCAUCCACAGUCAGGCUGGCGGUGCAGAGUGUCCAGUCGGUCAGACUUGUGUUCCCGUCCUCGAUGACCGCUGCUUCGUUAAGCCCUGCCACGGCCAAGGAGAGUGCUGGGGCCCUGGCCAUCAGGCCCCAGCCUCGUCCAGGUGCCGCCUAGAGAACAGCUGCACCAAUGUCACUUUCACCUUUAAUAAAGACGUCAUGGCAAAGAGCGUGACCGUGGAACAGGUUUGUCGUGAGCUCAGGGGCCUCUACACCAUAAAGAACCUGUCUUCUGAUUCCUUCAUUUCAAUGACCUGUGAGUCUUCGCUCGGGACCACCAAUGAGAUCCACGUAGCCAUCACGACAGAUGACCACAGAAGAGGCCUGACCUUUGUGAAGGAAAUCACAGACCGGAUCACAGAUGUGGUCAGCAAGAGGAGCGCCAGCAGCAGCAUCAUUAGCGCCAUCACAGAGGUCCGCAUCCAGAGACGGCAAAGCCACAUCGCCAAUGAUCUCCUGGUACCGCUGUUGGUUUCGGCUGUGAUGGUAGUUUGGGUCUUGGCGGUGGGCUUGGUUCUGCUGUGGUGCUUGAGGAGGCACAAAAAGCACAGCGCCCACACAGGGGUCAUCACCCAAGUGUCGUCGUCCCAGCCGCCUGCAGCCGAGGACAACAACGCCCUCCACAACAGCGUCAGCACCGCCAGGGAGCAGCUGAACCACAUCAAGAAUCCCAUUGAGAAAAACAUGCCCAGCCACCCCCAGCAGCAGCACCACCUCCUCCUCCUCCAUCACCAGCUGUACGAGGACAAGAACUCUGUCAACACCAAGACCAGACAAUCGGAUUCUGGGAGCCAGAUGGAUGAAGAGGAGGUGGACAAGAGGUUGUGUAAGACCAGGUUCCCUCUGGCACCACCAGCAUACUCUCUGGUAAACUGGGAGGAACUUUCUUCUCCACACUGGACGAACAAGCAGGACAACCGGCAGCUCCAGUCCCACAGUGUCAACAGGGUGGAGUAUAUUUUAUAACCAACGCUGGGCACAUGGAAACCUUCAGAUUUUUCUGACCCAUUUGGGACUUUUUUGUCAAUUUUUGUCUUUUUUACCUUUCAUUUUGUACAGAAUAGAAUGGGAAGAUUGUUUUUUUUUGUUGGUGUUGUUUAAUUUCUGUUUUGAGUGACACUGGUGUGGAUGCUCCACUGGUCGGCUGUGGAUGUUUCGACAGCAGAGAGCCUGGCGGUCAUCGGCAGGAUGAAGAACUAUCCAUGUAGAAUGUUUCUGUAAAGAAGUGUAAAUAUGUUCAUCAUUGUAUAUUUGAUCUGUUAAUUUAAUCAAGAACUAAGUAUUUCUUCUAUUUAUGUGGUUAGAGCUGAAGAAAGUUUGAAAGCUGUCAGAAUUUCUGAUGGAAAUAGUUUUAAGGUCUUCUUAAAAGAAUAGUUUUAGUGUUUUGGAUUUGGGCAUUUUUGUGCCUGGGUUAACUGUUUCCCAUGUUGGUUCUGAGUGAUUUACUUGGAAAUGGCAAGGGAUGGGGGGCGUACUCAGUGGCUAGAGACAGAUUUUGUUGUUGCAGAGUAUUUUUAUACAAACCAACAUGGUAGUUUACAGAGAAUGUAACUGUAUGUUUACUCAUGUAAAGAAAGAAAUCUCCUGUGUUCAGCAUUUACAGUGUGCCAAACACGUGUGUGUACUCCGACUGUGAGCUUCACCUUGAAUGUUUAGUAAGUCCACGAGUUUGUUUUUUAGUUAUUUGAUGCUAGCAGGGCUAGCAAUGAAAGCUGGGUAAUUAAAGAUGUACCAUGAGUUAACACAAACUACUUUUAAGUUUUCUUCCUCCUUAUUGGACGGCAGGACCUCCUCGCUGUACGUUUCAGUUUGUCG